AUGGUUCAUGGACUUGUUGAAGAUUACAACCAGAAAAUAUUGAAAGAUGUGGGAUUGAACCUGAAGGUGAAGGAGGUGCUCUUCUAUGGGGAAUAUCGAAUGAAGUACAAGAAACUGGCUGGAUGUGCUGGACGCAGUGACAUGCGGUGCAGAGUCAGAAACAACUCGGUGAAGAAUACGACACUGCUAUUCAUUUCCACACGAAAAGGCGCAGUCACAAGUGACCUAGAGAGCCAUAUGAGAAUCAAGGCAUGUCAAGGUAGAUAUUACGCCAAUAUAUUCAAUGAAGACCUGUUUGGAGUGACUGCAAAUGCAUUGAACGAGUUUCUAAGCAAUCUGCUUGAACAGAAAGUGCCCGAUUUGACUGAUACAAAAAGAAGAAGGAAGAAGGGGCUGAGAUUGAAAGCAGGUAAAAUGGACGAAAUAUUUGAAGAAUGCAGGAAGACGAAGAGAGUAAGGAAAUUCAAAAAUUACAGUAAGAAGGAGCAAUCGAUAUCGAGUGAUGAAACAAGCAGUAAAGUGGAGAAUAAUAAAACAGAAAAGAAGCUACAAGAAGUGAGACGCGAACUCAAAAUCGAUAAAACAAAAUGGGGCGAAGUUGAGCCCUGGAAGUUCAACCAAAAGUCAUUGAAGCAAAAAGAGGUCCCUCACCUUCAGCCAACAAACUACAUCAUCAAACAGCCUGGUCCAGCUCAGAAAUACGCCACUACGAUCAAGAAAGUCGAAGAUGACGAAGUUGAAUCGGAUGAAACCGAUGUGCCUGAAUAA